ACUCAUUAUGCAACACCAGUAUAAAACUCCCACCGUAGCUGCAACCUCCAGGACCCAGAGGGAGGGAAGCUCGGAGUCAGUUCAUUUCUGGCAUUCAAACAGACACUGAACUUUUCUUUUUGUACACUGGCUUUAACUUGUUUGGGAAAUUAAAGACGAGAAAUGGACUUCAUCCUGCCACCCACUCUGCCAGCUGACGGUAUCCCAUGGGAGAAGGUUUUACCGCCUCUUAUUCCUCGACUAAAUGGGACUUAUGGGCAGUAUAACUGGUCCCCGAAAUUAAUAAUUCCAGAGACUGACAAUAGCAGCUCUGCAGAGGUGGUCUGUGAUGAUACUGGUUUUACAGUUCAGGUUGAUGUAAAGCACUUCAGUCCAGAGGACUUAAUGGUCAAAGUGAUAGGAGACUUUGUAGAAGUGCAAGGGAAGCAUGAAGAAAAAAAGAAGGAUGGUCCUGGAUUCACCACACGUCAGUUUAACCGCCGCUACCGAAUCCCAAAAGGAGUGGACACCAUGGCUUUGGAGUCAGCAGUCUCUCCUGAUGGCGUCCUUAUUAUAUCUGCACCUAUGCUACAAACAGAGAACCCCAGAUCCCUGUCAUAAUCACAUUAAUACCAGACACGCAGCUCUCUGCCACCUUCACCAUGUAUGAUGAGAAACGCUGGAACAUUUUGCACUCCUCCAGUAACAGAACCAAUCAGCCUGUGCCAAAGUAAGCAUUUACUCUGUUCCUGGCACACAUCUAAUAGUCUCUGCUGCCUGAGGCUUGUAUAUACUCUUCUGCUUAUACUCAACUGUCUUCCAUAAUGUGUCACAGAAGCAGUCUUUGUAAAUAAUCUGCGUUUGCAUAUGUUGCAAGUUGCAAGUUUUGUAUAAUGCAUUGUCUUGGAAUUAUGAUAAAGGACGCACAAACAUAUUUCCUAAACGUUUAUUGUAUUUCACAAAUAAAUUUUAUUUCUUUAUAAAAAUAUGAAAAAAACUAAAUAAAAUGCCUCUUGCCAAUGUUCAAGUAAUUUGUUGCUCAUCCAGGAGUUCAUUCAGGAUUGAGUCCAUGUCACUGAAAGAAAAUUUAUCUAAUUGUUUAUCUGAAAUACAUCAAUUAAAGUUCACCAGUUAAAUCAA